GGGGGCGUCAAGUUAGUGUGAAGUUGUGAAAAGUUGUCAAGCAGAAAAAAGAGCAGCGAAACUCCUCCCGUCUUCAAAUUAUGAGCAAUCAGCAGCACGGUGAAAUGGCCGCUGUGGAGAGCGGCGGAGGCUUCAGUCAAAAGCGAAACACAAAUUCACAAGACUCACAGCAGCCAUCUCCACUUGCCUUGUUGGCAGCCACAUGCAGUCGCAUUGACACCCCGGGAGAGAACGAUUCCCCCGUGGAGCAACAGAAUCAGCAGCAACAGCUGGACCUAAACCAGGGUGUUUUUACCUCCAGUGCCAACAGCUGGCAGGUAAAUCCACUCUGUAUUCAAGCAUCCUCAGGCUCCAACACAGUCACCACGGAUUCCUCAGGAGUGAUGACAGGAGGAGACAUCAACAAGAGCAGGCAGGUGCUGUCACCAGCAGCAGUUGCUGCAAGCACUCAGGGUCAGCAGCAGCAACAACAGCCGUUUGUAGUUGCUCAGGCACCAUCAGUGCAGGGUCAGCAGGUGCUUACCACUAUAUCAGGUGUGAUGCCCAAUAUCCAGUACCAGGUUAUUCCCCAGUUUCAGACAGUAGAUGGUCAGACGCUGCAUUUCACACAUGCUCAGCAGGAGUCUGCUGUGCCUGCUGCAGCAGGACCAGGGCAACAGUUUCAGAUAGUGUCUUCUCCUAAUGGCCAACAGAUCAUAGCUGCAAGCAACAGAGCUGGAGCGGGAGGAAACAUCAUAACCAUGCCCAGUCUCCUUCAGGGAGCCAUCCCCAUACAAAAUAUAAGUUUAGGCAAUAGUCUGUUACAAAACCAGCCCCAGUUCCUGGCAAAUAUGCCUGUCUCACUUAAUGGAAACCUCACUUUGUUACCUGUCACUACUGGUGCUCCAGGGGGGGAUACAAAUGGUGGAGAAGCAGGAGGAAACCAGCUCAUACAGCAGCAGCAGUCCCAUCAGCCAGUGUCUUCCAACAGCGAGGCAGGUUACAUGACAAGUGCUUCCACUGUAACUACGCAGACCACCUCUUCUUAUGGAGUUACCCAAAAGCAGAACAGCAGUGGAGCUGUGACAGCGACAUUUCAGCAGAACACAGCCUCUUCUCUGGGUGUUCCAAUACAGCCAGACAACAGAGACAGGCAGCAGCCGCAGCAAAUUCUUAUCCAGCCUCAGCAAGUUAUCCAAGGUGGAGCACCUCUCCAAACCAUUCAGGCUGGUACUGUUGCAGCCACAAGCGGUCAAGUGUUUACUCCAACGCUCAGCCAGGAGGGGCUUCAAAAUCUUCAAAUCAUGCCAAACACAGGGGCCAUUCUGCUGCGCACUGUAAACCCCAAUGGCCAGGUGACCUGGCAGACCAUUCAGAUCCAGAGUCCGACGGGAGCCCAGAUCACACUGGCACCUGUGCAGUCUCUUCCCCAGCUUGGCCAGACUCAGGGAGCAGCUGCAGCUGGAGUACCUGUCAACACAGUGCAGAUCCCAGGAAUCCAGACCAUAAAUCUUAACAGCCUUGGGGGGUCUGGGCUACAGAUGCACCAGCUGCCAGGGGUUAUCACUAUUGCCAGCACAGCAGGAGAGCAGGCCUUACAGACAGGUGGAGAAAGUUUGGAUGAAAAUACAGCUAUGGAUGAAGAGGAAAUAAGCCCACCGCCUCAAGGUCGACGUAACCGUAGAGAAGCCUGUACCUGCCCGUUUUGCAAGGAUGGAGAAGGACGUGAUCCAACUAAAAAGAAGCAACACAUUUGCCACAUCUCUGGAUGUGGGAAGAUCUACGGCAAGACAUCCCACCUGAGGGCCCACCUUCGCUGGCACACAGGAGAGCGUCUUGUCUGCAAUUGGUCUUUCUGCGGCAAACGAUUUACCCGUUCAGAUGAGCUUUCAGCGCCAUAGAGAGAAACACACACAGGUGAGAAAAAGUUUGUGUGCACAGAAUGUCCCAAACGCUUCAUGCGCAGCGACCACCUCUCAAAGCAUAUCAAGACCCAUAUGAACAAGAAAACACAGUCUGUUACCAGCAACACCACCACCACAGUCUCAGCUGAUGCUGCUUCCCCUGCAGCAGGAACAGAAGCUGGCACCGGAGCAGUUUCAGCAAAUGAGCAGCACACCAUUGUCACCAUGGAAACCUUAUCUGCAGAGAGCUUAGCUCGAUUAGCCAGCAGUGGUAUCAACAUGAUGCAGGUGGACCUUCACCAAAUCAAUGGCAAUAGCUACUAAAAUGGUGGAGUAAAGUGGCCUUGGUGGAUACUGUAUUUGGACAUUUGGGGUUUAAAAAGGGCACCUUACUGCAGAUGCACAAGCUUUUAAAAAGCUUCAGGCAGGAGAGGUGGUGACAGAUGCAACGCAACAGACACUAUGAAUUUGAGGACUGAGGGAGAAAUGUGAUUUCCAUCUUGUAUUUGAGACCUUGGGCAUUUAAGGUUCAGUUGGAUUAAAAUGUUAGACUAGGGAAAAAAAAAAAAAAAAUCACCAUUUUAUUUCUUUUAAAUGAAAAUGGCAUUACACUAACAUUUGUUCCACAUGAAGAAACAGUCUUGAUAGUGGGACUGCAAUAAACACGUGUCACCACACUUCAUGUUGAAUUUGUAGCUUAUAAUUUGCUCUCCUUAAAUGUAUUUCUUCUUUAGCGAAGAGAUCCCCCUUAUUCCCUUUAUUUUCUGGAGCUGUGUGCUUUGCCAUUUGUCCCUCCUCUCACAGACACUUCCUGCCCUGUCAGACUGGGCUGUGUAUCAGACAUGCACCUCAGGCUAACUGGCACAUGAGUCAAAAUGCAAAUCCAUUCCCACCAAAUUAAAAAUAUAAAAGCAAUCUUUAGUGGAAAAUAUUCAAAUCUCAGAUUGCAGUACUUGAGAGAACUGGAUGUGUUCAUAAACUGCAAUCUAAUUGUCAUAGGAAUAAUAUAUUAAAAUUAUAUGGGGUGGACCAUGGCAUGUACACAUCAGAGCCAGAAGCACUAAUCAGUGUAAGGAUUGAGUUAGAGCACAGAGUAACCCCAACACAUUUAAGCCAUCAAUGCUUUCUGUCAUCACAAAGCAUUUUUUUUUAUGUAAAUAUGUAUUUGGUCAUGUAAUCCUACAGAAAUUCUUAGUACAAGCAGGAUCAUCUUACAUGAUUGCCUUUCAGAUUUCUAAACCUCUCAUGCACAAUCAAGUUUAAUGUUACUCCUACAUUAUAUAUGUGUGUAGAUUAAAUGUGUAAGCCUGUCUGUCAUAGAAUAAGGUAUUCUAUACAGUCCAGAUCUUCCCUGUACUUUUUCCUGUGGUACUCUUCUUCCAAGACCUUGCCUUGCAUUCAAAUCAGUUUCUUUCAUUGGGUUUAAUUCAUAUCUGUUCAGAGUGUGUAUUUUGUAAUAAUGUCCAGACAGCAUAAAUAUGUAAGCCUCAAAACCAAAGGUUCAUACUCAUUUAUAAACUUUUUUUUUUUAAGUCUUUGGUCCAUAAAUUUUCUAAUAUUUUUACUAUUAUGCACAUGCUAAAGUUAUAACUGGAAAAGAUCCAGCUUGAGGCAAACCCUGAAUUUGCUUUCCUUUGUUGUCCAAAUAAGUGUACCAGGUUUUGUUCUGAAAAGUUGUGCUUCCAUCAUUGUUGAAAUGUUUGUUGGCUUCAAAGUUCUACUUUGGAAAAAAUUGUUAUUUGCAACUCCAGAUUCAGUUAAUUGGGCAACAAGUGCUCUUAUUUUUUUUUUUUUUGGCUAAUUUUAAGCAAGAGAUUUUAUAAUUGUUGUUUACAACUACUGCAAAUGCCAACAGCUGGAUUAAAAUAAAUAUACUUUGUCUCAUUCUUUCGCAAAA